AUGACUUGUUUAUUGUUGUGUGUUAUUAGUAAUUAUCAUCGCUCGUUAAUUAAUCAUCACAACAACAAUUGUUGUAUAUCAUCACCUGAUGAUACAUUCUACAAUCUUAAAUUAAAUGGGGAUGAUCAUCAACCACAUUUUCCUUUCUUUGACCAUUUUGAAGAAAUUGAUAACAACAACAAUAAUGCUUCAUUCGGCCCAUCAAUGUACGAUGUGACAGACAUGACGAGAACUUUUUCAAGCGAAAGUGGUGGGAGCUGUCCCGAUCUUACCAAUUGUAGUCACCCUAGCAUAUGCACAACUCCUUUAAUUUCAUCACCACAAGAUCAAUCGCCCAUAAUGACAAGUCAACUACUUAUUAAUCAUCUUCAUCAUCAUGAUAAUAGCAGUAGUAACAAUGUUAGUUUCUGUUCUUCAAUAUCUUCUUCUUCACCAUCUCCCACACUAUCAUCAUCUUUAAUGCCAAUUCCACCAGUAAUAAUUACUUCUCCACCUUUAACCACCAUAUCACCAAUUUCUAUAUCAACAAAUCAUAAUCAUAAUAUCUGUUCUUCCACUUCUUCUGACAUUAAUGAUGAUGUCGCUCCUACGCCUAAACGGCGCG